AUGGCGAUCGACGACUGGGUGAUGGAGGCCAUCAGCGGCGACCGGCUGACCCACCAGGUCGUGGAUCUGAAACCUCGACACCGUUUACUACUUCAGGAUUCAGGCCAAAAACGCCAAAGGUGGGGCCCUCUGUCGGAGCCGGUCCAGUUCAGGACGGCUAAAGUGGAGCUUCCAGACAAGAUGGCCAACGAUCAAGGUCGGGGAGAACACGCCUUCUGGCCGUCCGACACCAACCUGAUCGACAGGAGCAGCAUCAACGAGUCUCCCAUUGGUCAGAUGCGUCCGCCGCACGGCAGCGUCACGCCUCAGAAGAACAGCUACCUGCUGGUCAUCAUCCUGGUUUCCGUGGGCGCCAUCAGCGUGGUGGUCGUCACGGCGCUCGUCUGCAUCCACCGCUCGUCCUCCCAGCAGAGGAAGAAGCGGGCCAGCCACGGCGCCGGGAAGCGGAAGGGCAGCCAGAAGGAGCUGCGGCCGCCGGACCUGUGGAUCCACCAUGAGGAGAUGGAGAUGAAGAACCUGGAGAAGGCGCCGAGCAUCGCGCCGUCCGGACGCGACUCGCCGCUGCAGGCCUGCCAGGACCGCCCCCAGGUGGCCCACAGCCAAUCAGAGAGCCAGAUGGGCAGCAAGAGCAGCCACUCAGGAGCCGACGGCGACGAGGCGUCCAGCGGCAUCUCCACUCUGGACCGGUCCGUCACGGCCAGGAGGGGAACCAGGGGCAAGAUGAUGAUCCCCAUGGACCUGCAGCCCAGCAACACGCCUGUGGUCAGCGCCAUCCCGGUUUCUACGCUGGAAUCCUCUCAGUAUCCGGGGAUUCUGCCGUCACCGUCCUGCGGCUUCACGCACAACAAGUUCAGCCUCAGGCCCAUGCCGUUCCCCAGCCUGACGGUGGACAGAGGAUACACAGCAGCGAUGCCGUCGGACUCCUCCGCCGCCCCCCUGCUGCAGCAACAGGCUCCGCCCCCUCCGGCCGCCCCGCUGCUGCCCGGCUCUGCCGCUCCCGCCGCCGACCUGGCCCCCCCGGUGGGGCCCGUGCCCGGGGCCGCCGCCGCAUCGGGCCCCUCGGAGGAAGCCCAGGCGGCGGCCGCGCGCAGCAUCCCUACGGCCUGCGUCCGGCCCACGCACCCCCUGCGCAGCUUCACCAACCCGCUGCUGCCGCCGCCGAUGGGAACCAUCGACCCCAAGGUCUACACCUCCAUGCUGCCGCAGGCCAGUGCCAGCCUGCCGAAGCCCCAGGUGAAGACGGCGUCUCUGGGUCAGGCCGGGAAGGCCCGCUCCCCUCUGCUGCCCGUCUCGGUACCGACGGCGCCGGACCUGCAGGAGGAGGGCGGAGCCAAGCCGCAGGAGGAUUCAGCCGCCAACGUGUAUGAGCAGGACGACCUGUCGGAGCAGAUGGCCAGUCUGGAAGGACUGAUGCAGCAGCUCAACGCCAUCACCGGCUCCGCCUUCUAACCGCCACCUGGCCCGGACCGGACCGGACCGGACUGGCCCUUUCUCAGCCACGGACCGAUCUGCUCUGACUGACUGGUUGCCCAGAUCUCCAUCCGUUUGGUUUUGCUGGUCUGGGCUUUGAAAGGGAAUAAACUGUCCAGCAUCAGGAACUGGACCGGCUGCGGCCGAUUCCAGGCGUUCAAACUGAAACCCUCUAGAUUCUCCAACCCAGACAUGAACUGAGAGAAACCCAAACGCCUCCACACAGGAAUAUCACCGCAAAGAUUCUCCGUUUCUCCUGUUUGUGGUAUUUAUUAGCAUCGUCUCCUCUGAGUUUCAGACUCAGCUACUGUGACCGAACCUCGCCGACUUUCCACCGGUGGAAAUAUUCCUUCAUCAGAACGUUUGCAGAACGUUUGCAGAACGUUUGGAAACCUGCGAUUCAGAAAGCGAAACAUCUUCAGCCAAAGUUUCACUGACACACGAUAUUUUUCACAUGGACCUAAAGUUUCCCAUCAUGCCUCGCUGUCGGUUUGUUCUCCUUCAUUUCCGUUUGCCAACACAAAACAGGAAGUCCUGCGGAGCGUCAGCCGUCCAUCUGCUGUGAGCGAAGGAUCGAGAAGGAAGUCUGACCCGACGUUAGCCGUUAGCGACAUUAGCUUGUGUUGCGUCUGACCUUAGGAAGCUUAUUGUGAAUAUCUUUGUUUUUGCUGCUUGUUUCUGUCCAUCAAUCAGUCCAGAGGUCGAGAAGAAAAAAGGAAAGAAAACAAAAUCAAAUUAUUAGUAAAAGAAGAAACCGUCUGGAUUUUAGUUGCAACAUUAUUUCUGACGGUUGGAAGAUGUUGGACAAAGUGACAGUUCACCGAUUCAACAUUAAAGUGAUUCAGCUGAAGAAACAUCCUGGUAUCCGUAGGCAACGCUAAUGCUAACACUAGCAUUCGACUGUUAGCACUAGCACGCUAAAGAUCUGUCAGUAAUUCACUACAGACUUAGUCUUAGCCUGCUAACAGUGAUGCUAACUCUUAGCAAAGGCAGUAACAUGCUAACAGUUAGCAUAGUGAAGCGAGGAGCCGUCACUUUUCCCGCCUUUUUGUCCUGUUGCCUAGCAACCGUGACGCACUGAACACAAGCUGCUAAAAACGGAGCCAGAACUUUUCCAGAGUUUCAGUCGUUUAAUCCGUUUAGUGAAUUAAAUUUGAAACAGAAACAUGUGAAACAGAAGUGACCCAUGUGAAUCAUUCAGCUAAUUCAGCCUGAAUGAAACAUGAACCAGCAAUACAACAAUACAUCUUUAUACAUAAGUCCAAUAAGUUCAAGGUUUCCUGAUCAUUCUGACCAAUAACAGGUCAUGAAUCUGUUCAUGUGAACAGUUCUUUGCUUUAAGGAUCCAGAUUUAGAUGAACUGGUUCAUCUGCUCUGUGUUGGUUGUUUCCUGUCGUUCUGUUUUUAUCACUCUGGGAUUUUUUUCUGUUUUUAUUUGUUUUGAAGAACCAAACGAACACGACUGAUCAAAAAACCACCAGCUUCACUUUGAGUUUCAUUUUGUAGAAAAAGACAAAAAAGUUACAAAAAGACAAACAUAAUCCUGAAAAAGUCUAUUUUUACAUUCAGUGUCACGGCGCAGAUCAGAGAGCAAAGAAAAGUCAAGAACUAAUCAACAUGACACUCAGUAAUUAUCUGGUGUGAAACAGCUGCGUUUUCAUUACAGGAAGUAGAUUAAACGGUGAGACGACGACGUCGCGCAGCGGACAGGAAACUUCCACCAGUCACUUUCCAUUUAUCUGUUCUGACCUUCAGAGCUUCAAAGGUCAACAAUUUAAAAGUUUGAAACUAGAAAAUGAAUCUGAGAUUUUCCUCAGAAAUCUUUUAGAAAAACAUUUUUUUAAUCAAAUGUCAUAAUUUGGAAAAAGUUUAUGUUUUUUGGUGGAAGUUGUUGCUGUGGCUCUGAUGCGCCGACGGUUCUGGUUUCCAGAGGGAAUCUGUGUUUAGAUAGUGAAUCAUCCAGGACAAGAUGGAGGACGGAUGUCGAUGUAGGUUUAGACGAGUUGCAGUUUGUAAAAGAGGAAAGUUUAGUGAAGGUGUCAGGAAGGCGAGCAGAGCGGCGUACACUGUGAAAACUCAGCCGGCGGCUGAUGGCUUCUGGGUCAGCAUCUCCUUCAUCUUCUCUCGCUGCUGCAGCAAUCCACUUCCUGCCGCUCUUCCUCACAUCCUGAGAGGAAGACUCCGACUCGCCGCCCGAUCGAACGGCCGGCAGGACCAGCUUCCUUUGACCUGUGCUAAUCGGCAGGAACGUAAACUGACCAGUCGUCCACCAGCGCUGGGGGUAAAACGGGCCUCAGGCGGCUCUUUAUUUGCCUCAGGCGGCUCUUUAUUUGCCCCGGCCGCCAUCUUGACGUUUAUCUGCUUCCUGCGCCGACGGUCCAGGCUGUGAAUUUAUUACUGGGACGUUUCCACCGUUACCGUGGCAGCCAGUCCCGGGGCGGCGGGGUGAAAAGGUCGAGAAGAACCAGGAUCAAACUCAACAUCCAGCAGGUGGAAAUAAAUUGGACUUUUUGAAAUUUUCUGUUUUUAAAAGUCAAAUUUGUUUCAUUUUUAAAAACCCAA